UCACCUUCACUUUCACCCAUUCCCUCUCUCCCACCUCUCCUUCCACCUCAAAUCGACCCAUUACCAACAACCACCCCCUCCGCUCUUUCCCUCUUAAAAUCAAGUUCAACACCACAAUCAGGUCUAUACAUCUUGGCUAGACUUCAUUCCCGUACUUAUCUCUUACAUCCAAGAGAUAUAUUAACUCUUCCCACUUUGAAACCGGUACAAGAACCAGGAACUAAAUUAUCUCUCACUAGGAUAUUAGAAGUUGGUUCUAGAGAACAUUCUAUAAGAUCACCAGCUGCGGAUGGAAAGACGUUAAGAAAAUCUCUUCAAUUUUCCCCAACGACCGGAAAAGAAUGGGAAUAUAUACCCGAUUGGAUAGUUAAAUGUCAAGUAACAGUAUUAGAACAUACUAAAUCUCCAAUGGAAAGGUUGAUAAAGAAAAAAAGAAGAAAAGGUUAUAAAAAAACUAUCGAACAUAAACAAGGUUGGACAAGGUUGAGGGUUGGUGAUAUCGUUUUAGGGGAUGGGGUUUCACCUGAAUCAUGA